CGUUGCCUCUUCCCUUGGUCGACCUUUUCGGUCUGGCCUGGCCACCAAAGUGCCUGGCUCAAACCAGAACCGCUCCUGCCUCGAAUGAAAUGUUGAAGCAGAACAUGACGUGGACUGUAGUUCUCUCCUCAAGAUCUCCUUCUCAUCGGCAUUUCCUUCUCUUCAACGUCUUCUUCUCUGCUCCCAUCACCAACGGUCUCCUCUCAUCAACACCACUCAGUCUGCUUUCGUUAAUGGCAAGAUUCUCUUCUGCUCCUCAUCAUGAAUAUCACCCGCGGCACAGAGUCUCAGCUCAUCUAUUACCAUCGAUGCUUCUUCAGCAUGUUAUGUCUGUGUCACCAUUGUCAAACUGUGCCUGCUACAACCAAAGACCCUCUGCCAACGAAGGUAAGCAUCAAUAUUCCAGCACCCCUUGUCUCCAUACUCUUCUCUGCUCGAGCACUGACAUCGGAGCAGCCAUCAUGCUGUGCAGCCUCCUCAGCACCCAUCUCUCGGAACGCAUCUGCAGCCAACCCCUCCCCUCGAUGAGAAAUGCCCUCUUCCAACAAAACCCGUCGCCAUCUCUAUGCCCACAACCUCGAAGUCAAAGUCAGAAUAUUUGGCCAUGUACCUAGGUACUCUUGACAAGCUCAUCACUCUUUGAAUAUGUGGGACACUAGGGACACAAAAGGUGAGCUUGCUCACAGGUCGAUGACCAAUUAUGAGUUAGGAUGUAAGGUGACAAUUUUUGCAGGUCUAGGCCCCUUUAUACCACGAGUCCGCAACAGAGCUCCAUGUCUUUGCCCAGAGUUGGGCAAAGAGUCCAACACGGCUGUCAGGUUGGCUAUCGUCCAAGGUUGGUUGUUGGUUGGUGGUCCCCGUUCAGUGUUGGUUGUUGGUUGUCAUUUAGGGUUGCCUGAGGCGGGGGACGUCCAUGAUAUUCUGCCUACCAGUGAUUUGAGAAAGCUAGUCGAAUGACUCAUAUUGUGAAUGUAAAUCAGCU